UCUCCGGGUACUCCGGUUUCCUCCCACAUUCCAAAAACAUGCAUGUUAGCUUCAUUGGAGACUCUAAAUUGUCCAUAGGUAUGAAUGUGAAUGUGAAUGGCUGUUUGUCUAUAUGUGCCCUGCCAUUGGCUGGACACCAGUCCAGGGUGUACCUCGCCUGUCGCCCAAAGUUAGCUGGGAUAGGCUCCAGCAUGCCCCCGCGACCCUAAUGAGGAGAAGCGAUAUAGAAAAUGGAUGGAUGAUUUUUCCUCAUAAUAUUACCACUUUAUUCUCGUAAAAUUGUGACUUUUUGUCAUUAGAAAAGGAUGUUUUCCCCUGUGUUUUCACUUCAUUCUCAUAAAAUUACAACUCUUUUUAGAUUUCUGCUGCUGUUUUAAAUUUCCCAACUAUUUCAGCUUCCUUCUUGUAAAUUCUGACUUUAUUGCCAUAAUGUUUUGACAUGUCGGUCAUUACACCUUACGGAAUGACAUUAUUUCAAGCAUCCCAGCUUUGUCAUAAAGGUGAAAAUAACGUGUUAUUGAUAUCAACUUCACGCUUUGCUCUUUUCCCCCAUUUUGGCUGUUUGUUUUUUUUAAUUCCCAAUAUUUAAACUUUCAUCUGAAAUAAUCUUUUACAAUAUUGUAAUAUUAUGACUUUAUUCUCAUAAUAUAACUUUUUCCCCAAACUAAUUUUCUAAAAUUCAACAGCUGUUUUUUUUCUCUUAAUUUUUUUUUCUUUGACCUCUUCUCUUAAUAUUUUUGACUUUGUUCUCGUAAAAUUACACUUUUACACAUUUUACACAUUUUCUUCUGGUAAUUAUGACUUUAUUCUCAUAUUCUAACUUUUUCCCCAAACUAACUUUCCAAAACUUACAACUUGAUUUUGUUUUGUUUGUUUCUCAUAAUAUUACGACUUUUUUUUAAUUUAAGUUAAAAAAAAAUAAAUAAUAAUCUCUAUGCACCUACAUUUUUUCUCAUAUUACGAAUUUAUUGUUUUUUCUUGUUAGAAUACCAUUUUUUUUCUCUGAAUAUUUGACUUUAUUUAAAAUUACAGCUGUCUUUUCUAUUUCUGCUGUUUUUUUGUUUUUUUUUAACUCCAUCUAUUUCAACUUUCUUCUUCUUAAAUUUCUCUUGGUAAUUAUGACUCAACAUCUCCUAACAUUAUACUUACUGUCGUAAAGUAACAAUUUUUACUUGUUAGAUUACAACUUUUUUCUCUUCAUAAUUUGACGUGACUCUUAUAUUACUGCUGAGUUUUUUCCAUUUUUGCUGUUUUCUUGUGUGUUUGUUUUUUUUAGAAUGUGUUGCGGGCCAAUUCAAAAAAACAGUCUGCGGGCCACAUUUUGGGCCCCCGUGGACUGAUGCCACGGUGUAGAAAUCGUAUUUAAGUUUCACUUCUGCAUCUCGCAGCAGCUAUGGUGCAUUCAAGGACUGCCGAAUAAAGUGCGAAAUGUCAGCCCUGGAGGAAAAAAGACGACGAGUGAAGUAUAAAGACAAAAACACGUGGCAGUUGUGGGCUUGUUUUCAUCAGUGCUGUACAUUUGAUUUGUGUUAUCUCGUACUUAUAAAGGAUCACCGACUUCGGGCGGUCUGUUUUUGAAGCAAAAGUGGGCAGUCGGGUGGCACGGUCGACUCCUACCUGAGUCUAAUCAAAUAACUCAGACCCUUCCAGAAGACACUGCACGACAGAGUUUACACUUGUAGACAAAAGGGCAGGAAAUGCCAAAGCAGGAAGUCUACGUAGAAGGGAAAUAACGCUUGCACUUACUGUACUUUUUAGUUCCCCUUCCUGUUCCUUUCACGCGCUUUGUUUUGGACUUUCUCCUUUUCACAUUUUUCAGCUCAAGUUAGAAAUGUGGUUCCUGUGUAGUGUUGAGUGCUUCUGGCUGCUGGUUUUUAACGGCAGCGCUCCAUUCUUAUUCCUAGCGGCUCUGACCAGUCGCUCAUUGAAGUCAGUCGGGUCCUCCGUUCCCUCGAGUCACUCGUCACAAAGCACACGCGUGCAACGGCUUGAGUCAGUGAAACUCGACUCUUUUUCAAGUACCCGAGACUCAGUGAAAUUUGAGUCUUUGUCCGCCUGUGAGUCAAUGAAACUCGAGUCUUUGUCCAGCACUUGCGAGUCAGUGAAACUCGGAUCUUCAUCAACCCGUGAGUCAGUGAAACUCAAGUUUUCAUCGAGUACCCAUGAGUCAGUGAAACUUGAGGCUUUGUCAACAAGUGAGUGAGUGGCACUUUAGUUUUCACUGAGCACCCGUGAGUCAGUGAAACUCGAGUCUUUGUCGCGCGCCCGUGAGUCAGUAAAACACGAGUUUGCGCCAACCAAUGAGUCAGGCAAACUUGAGUCUUUGUUGAGCACCCGAGAGUCAGUGAAACUCAAAUAUUCGUCAACCAAAGACUCAAUGAAAUCAGUGAAGUGCAGUCUUCUGCAAUCCUGGAGUCAAUGAAACUCGAGUCUUUGUUGAGCAUUUGUGACUAAGUGUAACUCAAGUCUUUGUUUAACACCCAUGAGUCAGUAAAACUUGAGUCUCUGUCAACCAGUGAGUCAGUGAAACUCAAGUUUCUGUCAACCAGUGAGUGAGUAAAACUCGAGUCUUCAUCGAGCACCCAUGAGCCAGUGAAAUGCGACUCUCCGUCAACCCGCGAGUCAGUGAAACGCUUGUCUUUGUCAAGUAUUUGUGAGUCACUGAAACUUGAGUCUCUGUCGAACAUUUGUUAGUAAGUCAAACUCGAGUCUUUGUUGAGCACCCUUGAAUCAGUGAAACUUGAGUCUCUGUCAACCAUUGAGUGAGUAAAACUUGAGUCUUCAACAAGCACCCGUGAGUCGGUGAAACUUGCUUUUGCCACGUGGCUAAAGCAUUUAUGCAAACGGCGUUAGAGGAAGAGUUGUACAAUGGAUGACACGUUAACUGCUUCCUUUUUUUAAUUGAGCCUGAGAAUCCUGAAAACUAGUCCGUGCCUUACAACGCCCGUGUUGGUCCACAUCGGGACAUCUUCCACGUCCAGCGCCGGCUCAGUGGUCUUACGUGGAAGCCGACGUCACCUCCCCAAAGUAGCAAAGGCCAAGUCGGAUGAAGUAAAUGUUUUUACACACAAAACAAACUGUGUUCGUGUGGACGAAGCCUGAACGUCCCACACUCAAGUUUCCAAGAAACAAUUAUUCCCCAAAUCCUCUUUGUGUCUCCGUCGACCAAAAGAACAAAGAAGACUUUGGGGAAAGUUGGCCGUUGAUGAAUGGCGUCUUGUUAGUGCCGCACACGAAAACACCAACAAAACCAAAGCGUCUUUGGCACCGUGAUGGCACUGUCGAUAUCAAACCGACGUCCUCCCACCAUCAUUGGAUCCCUCGCCUUUGGUGCCGCAAUCAGUGAGAUGGGGGAAACAAAAAUGGACAACAAAGGAACAAUGAAAGGGACAAAAAGGAUUUGAUGCCGGAAUUGUUAGAAUUGGUUGAAAAAUGUUGAAGUACUUGAGUAAUUAAGAUCAAAGGAAUAUCCUUUCUGGAAAAAUGGGAAUUUAGGGGAAAAACCUGAGAUUUUUAAAUGGGAAAAAUAGAUAUCCUUCAUUGUGCUGAACGAUUUGAUGUUGGAAUUGGUUGAAAAAUGUUAAAGUAGUGGCGUAAUUAAGAUCAAAGGAAAAGUGGGAAUGUCGGGAAAAGUUGGAAUUUUUGGGACAUUAGCGUGAAGCCCCGCAUGUGUGGAACGUUCUCAUGGUGGAAUGGUGGAAGUCUGAAUUUUCAAUGGGAAAAAUGCUGUGGAAUUUUGGGAAAAUCUGGGGACUUUUUUUGAAGGAGGAGUUAGCGGACACGUAUCGUACACUCAACAAAAAUAUCAACGAUUGAUUGAUUAUAUUAAUAAAUACAUUUCAUGUCUUGUGUUAUUCAUGCUAUGAUAUGAAAUAGACAACUUUUCCAAACUUCCCGGACACAUUAGCUUCAUUUGCUUCAAAUCAGCCUGAAUUAGACUCCGUAUCGGAUCAGAAACGAAAUGAGUGGUAUCGCACGUCACUACUUUAUGUAACAAGACAAAUAACACAACAAAAACCCCACAGAGAUUAGCCAAAAUGAACAUCGAAGAGAAGGAAAAAAUCUUUGUUGCGUUGGUAUGGAGUGUUUUGGGAAAGCGUUUAUCUGACAGCCCCAUCUGGGAGAAGAACUCAAGAGGACAAACAAAAGAGGGAAUGUCGUCCACCAAAAGCAAGAAUGCCAGAGGAUGAGGAAACGCGGGGCGCAUUUCAUCUUGUCCCGGGCCAUUAUCAUUCCAGCAUGUGCUGAUAAUGGGGUGUUAACAUCACAACAUGGCCAUUCCCCCUCCCACCUUCUUGACCCCUGUGGCUUUGUCAGGUGCCGAGGAAAGUCCAGCACUUAGUGGACCUAAAUUAACAUCAACUUUGCGUGUCUGUGCUUGCUUUUUCUUUAGCGUUACGGUGGCCGAAGAUGUCAUAUUUUUAACUCCUUCAAUGCCAGCCAUUUUCCAAAAGACAACCCCUUCAGCAGCGGCCAUUUUAGACCAUUUGGAUGAUCCUAGAUUUGAUAUUAUAUUUCAUUCUUUUAUUUAUGACUUUUCCUCAUAGUUGACAACUUUGUUCUUGGAACAUUUUCACUUUAUUCUUGUUUUUUUGCUUUCUUGUUAAAUUCUAUUUUUAGAUUUAAGAUAUUUUAUGCUUUUAUUUAUGACUUUUUCUCAUUAGAAUGCAACUUUUUCUUGUGAUACUUUCACUUUAUUCGUGCAAAAUGAGUGCUGAUUUUGUCAUUUGAACUGGUUCCCGGUUAAAUGGUACUUCUAGAAUGUGCCGCGGGCCAAUAAAAAGCAUCCAUGGGCUACAGUUGGCUCCCAGGCCGCACUUUGGACACCGCUGACAUUAUUCCAACAUGGCCGGGGGUCUUGGAAGGAACCUAGCAGGGGGGUUCUGGUACAAAUGUGAUGGAAAAGGGUCACAGAAAAGCAAGAAACUGGACUGGAGCGGGGAGGAGAGAGAGAGCGCUGUGAGGCUGAGCGAGCACAAAUUCUGCCAGAAUUUCAUCGCACUCUUGCACUUGGGUUUGACUUCCAGUGAAAAUGCUCCAAGCAGGGUGGCCUCUCAUCUUGCAUCUUGCUCUCCUGUGCGGUCGUCCGGCUGCUUCGCAGGUCCUGGAAGCGCGAGGCUCCGGAAGUCAUCUGGACUUGACGGAGUUAAUCGGCGUCCCCCUCCCUCCUUCCGUCUCCUUCACUCCUGGCUUUGAGGGGUUCCCGGCGUAUAACUUUGGCCCUGAAGCCAACAUCGGCAGGCUCACCAAGACCUUUGUGCCUGGGUCAUUCUACGUGGACUUUGCCAUCAUUGUCACGAUCCGACCAGCCAGCCCGAGAGGAGGUGUGCUCUUUGCCAUCACAGAUGCCCGUCAGAAGGUGGUGGAGUUGGGUUUGGCCCUCACUCCAGUCCGUGCAGGGCUCCAGAGUAUUUUACUGUACUACACUGACAGCGCGCAGUCGUCCCACAGCCAAAAAGCUGCCGCCUUCAGUGUGCCGGAUAUGACGGACCAGUGGACACGGUUCACCGUUGUGGUGGAGCACGAUGAGGUGCGUCUCUACAUGGACUGUGGGGAAGCCGAAAGGACGACCUUCCAUCGAAGGCCAGACAGACUCACUUUCUCGCACAACUCUGGCAUUUUUGUCGCAAAUGCAGGAAGCACGGGGCUUGACAAGUUUGUGGGAUCCAUUCAGCAACUGGUAAUCAAAGAUGAUCCCAUGGCAGCUGAGGAACAGUGUGAGGACGACGAUCCUGAUGCUUCAGGAUAUGCCAGUGGAGACGAUUCUGUUGAUGACAGAGAGACAGAGGAAGACAAUGUGAAGAACACAAAGGGAAGGAAACAUGGAGCAGUGCAGGAAGUCUCUGUUCCAGUCCAAGCGCCGCCCACCGAGGCUCCACCGUUGGUGAAUGACAAAUAUUCAAGUGACGAAGUCUUGCUAAGAGGGCCUCAGCGGACAGACAAGACUUGGGAUGGUCCUGUCAGGCAUGCUUUAAAAGGAGAAGCAGGAGAUCCUGGCCCCAAGGGACCGCCUGGCCCACCUGGUCCCCCUGGGCCCACUCGUUUACCUGGACAAGCUCAAUCUGGGCCAAGAGGUCCACAAGGACCACCAGGAACCCCUGGAAAGACUGGACAGCCAGGGCGUGAUGGACAGCAGGGAGUGAAGGGGGAGAAAGGAGAUGCAGGUCAUAGAGGACCUCAGGGGUUUCCAGGUUUGGAUGGCGAUGCUGGAGUCAAAGGAGAUAAGGGAGACCCCGGAGUUGGCAUACCGGGCCCACCGGGCCUUCCUGGGCCCCCUGGACCCCCCAGAUCACGGAGUGUAUCUUAUGGAGACGAUGCCCUGGGUUCUGGCUUUGGGGACCUGGAGACUGAUACCGAGCUCAGUAGGGGGCCUCCCGGACCACCCGGGCCUCCGGGACCACCUGGUCUUCCUGGGCCCGACCCAUCAUCGCGUGGCGGUCUUUCUCACACGUAUGCCGGGCCGCCUGGCGCCCCAGGCAAAGAUGGACUCAACGGCCAAGCAGGAAUACCAAUGCUUACAGAUUGGUUUAGUGCUUCUGGGCCUGACGCUUCAGGUUUGAGCUCAGAAUUGCACUCUGGCCUCGGCUCUGGUUCUGAGUUCAGUUUUGCAUCUGGGUCGGGCCAUGACUCCGGUUCUGCUUGGGCAUGGGGCGAGGGUCCAGCAGGAAAAGACGGGGCUCCGGGCCUCCGUGGAGCUGUGGGACAGAAGGGUGACAGAGGCUCGCCGGGCUCAUCUGGACCAAAGGGCGAACGUGGAUCUGUGGGCAUAGCAGGGUCUCCGGGACCUCAAGGGCCCGGCGGUCCUCCGGGAAAAAGAGGCCCACCGGGUCCCCCUGGGCCUCCCGGUCCUGCAGGAACCAAAUUCUUUGUCGAGGAUAUGGAAGGAUCUGGCAAGCACGACACGCUCGUUGCAGGAAGAGACCCAGACCCGCAGGGUGCACCUGGUCUACCUGGUCCACAAGGUCCCAAGGGUGAAGCUGGAGCCCCGGGUCCACCAGGACCUUCCAUCAAGGGCGACAGAGGGGACCCGGGACAAGACGGUUUGCAAGGUCCUGCUGGACUGCCAGGUCCAAGGGGGGUUCAAGGAGAAAGGGGUACUUCAGGGCAAAAGGGUGAUUGCGGUGCUGAUGGCCUCAGCAUCACAGGACCGCCUGGGCCUCCUGGACCUCCGGGACCUGUCAUUAAUCUGUCAGAUGUGCUCCUCAACGUCUCACAGGGUGUCUUCAACUUCACAGAGAUCAGGGGGGCGCCAGGGCCCGUGGGUCCUGAGGGCUUGCCUGGCAGAGCUGGAUUUCCUGGCCCGAGGGGUCCAAAGGGAGACACGGGCCCCCCCGGCAUCCAGGGGCCAGCAGGGCUCAAGGGAGCGAAGGGGGAGCCAGGUGUGACCAUUGCUGCUGAUGGAUCCCUUUUAUCUGCACCAAGAGGCCCCCAGGGUCCCAGAGGCAUCAAGGGUGAGCGUGGUGUCCCCGGACCUGCUGGACUGGCGGGCCCGCAAGGAGCUCCUGGACAAAAAGGAGAAUAUGGCUUCCCUGGUCGCUCUGGACGACCUGGUCUGACUGGCAGGAAAGGAGAAAAGGGAGAUUCUGUUGGCCAACCAGGUCCUCCCGGUCCACCGGGUCCGCCCGGACUUCCAGGAAGAAUUCUCGGAUUAAAUACCGUGUUUCCGGUGCCCCCCAGACCGCGCUGCAAAAAGGGACGAGAAACCAAUGCAGGGGCCCGUUCUGCCGGAGCGAAAGGCGAAAAGGGGGAUGUGGGAGUACCUGGAGAGCCGGGCACACCUGCCACUGCAUUUCUGGAAGGGAUUUCGGGCGCUAAAGGAGACCAGGGAGUUAAAGGUCAGAGAGGAGAGAAGGGUGACUCGGGUCCACCUGGUCCUCCAGGACUGCCAGGGCGGUCGGGACUUGUGGGUCCCAAAGGCGAGUCAGUAGUUGGCCCACCAGGUCCCCCUGGUUCUCCGGGCCAACGUGGAGCCCCUGGGUUGGGACGCGCUGGUCCUAGAGGGCCCCCGGGCCCUGCAGGACCCCCAGGACCUGUGCCGGCCUUUGGAUCAGCAGGUGUCAACAUCCCAGGUCCUCCUGGUCCUCCUGGCCCCCCAGGAUCUCCUGGAUAUUCAAACCUGGUGACCGCCUAUAAGACAGUCCAUGCUCUGACCCGAGAGAUGCAACGAGUCACGGAGGGAACCUUGGCAUACGUGGCGGAGAGCGGUGGAGAGCUGUACAUCAAAGUACGCAACGGCUGGAGUAAGAUUCAGCUUGGAGAGUUGAUCCCUUCUGAGUCGUCAUCCUCAUCAGCAUCUAAGACCCACAGCAGACCUGGAGAAUGGAGCAGACCACACAGGAGCCACAGUCAGGAGCUGCAGGAGGGCGGUCGAGGGUAUCAGCCUAGUUACCACAUACUUCCACAGACCUUCAGCGCUGUAGCUGGGCUCCAUCUAGUGGCUCUCAACGCGCCGUUGAAAGGGGACAUGAGAGGCAUCCGCGGGGCCGACUUCCAGUGCUACCAGCAGGCUCGUGCCGUGGGCCUGACGAGCACCUACAGGGCCUUCCUGUCCUCGCACCUCCAAGACCUGGCCACCAUCGUGAGGAAAGCAGACCGCAGUGACAUGGCCGUGGUCAAUCUGAGGGGGGAGAUGCUGUUCCCGAGCUGGAUGUCCAUCUUCUCCGGACACGGAGGCACAUUCGACACAUCCAUCCCCAUCUACUCCUUCGAUGGGCGCAACGUGAUGACGGACUCGGCAUGGCCACAGAAGCUGAUCUGGCACGGUUCCAACCCAGCAGGAAUCCGUGCAACCGCCAACUACUGCGAGGCGUGGAGGACCGAUGACAUGGCGGUGACGGGUCAGGCCGCGCUGCUUCAGACGGGACGCCUGCUAGGACAGCACCCGCGCUCCUGCUCCAACCACUACAUGGUGCUGUGCAUCGAGAACACGUACGUGGGCAGCGUGCAAAGGAGGAGGACCUGAAGGCGAGACGCUGGCCGGCACGUUUGCAGAGAAAAAGCAUUUCAGUGUUAACAUCACAUUCACUCUCAAGGCACAUUUGCCAUGACGCAAAGCAAAAAGAUCCCUUUUACCGUCCAAAUUAGACGUCACCGAGCGCUCCCUCGCCCACCAACAGGACCGCCGCUUCCCCAGCACACGCAUCCGGGUACACGUUAUUUAUUCUCCCUUCUUUGCUGUUUCAGAUAUAAAAGCGGCACAAAUGUGGCAAGCUUCUUUUAUUUUGUAUUCUUUCGUGUCCAAAUUAUGAUUAUUUUUUGAACUCAGUAGUUAGACAUUUUCAUGGGCACUAAACAAAAAAGCGAUCAUUUUUUUCUCACCAAAUGUUGAUUGUGAUGUAGUUCUCCUCGUGCAGGGGUGUCCAAAGUGCGGCCCGGGGGCCAUUGGUGGCCUGUGUUAAAUUAUGCUAAUUUAACAACACUAAAAAAAAAAAAAGAAAUUAAAAAAUGUUUUAAAAAACCCAGCAAAAAUGGAAAAAAAAACAGCUGUCAUUUUAUGAGAACAAAAUCAAAAUGUUAAAGAGAAAAAAAUUGUAGUCUAAUAAGAAAAGAUGCAAUUUUCUGAGAAAAAAAAUCAAAUGUCAAUGUAAAAUGUUGGUAAAAUAAUGUUGGUCAUUUUAGUGGCAAUGAGCUGAAAUAUUAAAGAAAAUGAUUGGAUUCUUAUAAAGUCAUAAUAUACGACGGAGUAUGAGGGCCACAUUGGAAAACAUAAUAAUCUGAGCUUUCAAGAAAAAAGUCAUUAAAUUUAUGAGAAUAAAACCAUAAAUUUAUGAGAUGAAAGUCUGAAAUUCAUGAGAAUAAAGUCGUACAUUUACAAGAAGAAAGUCGUACAUUUAUGAGAACAAAGCCAUAAAUUUGCAAGAAAAAAGUUGGACAUUUGUGGGAAUGAAGUCGUAAAUUUACGAGAUAAAGUCAUAAAUUUCUGAGAAAAAAAGAUGUAAAUUCAUGAGAAUAAGGUUGUAAAUUUACCAAGAUAAAGUCAUUCAUUUACAAGAAAAAAGGUUGAAAAUUUAUGACAAGAUUGUAAAUUUACAAGUAUAGUCUUAAAUUUACGAGGAAAAAGGUCGAAAAUUUAUGAGAAAAGAGUUCUAAAUUAACGAGAAUAAAGUCAGAAAUUUACGAGAAAAAAAUACCCUUUUCUUGUAAAUUUUGUCCGAAAUUCGAAAUCUCUUUUUUUUUUUUCCAAUUUGGCCCUUAUACUCCGUCAAAGUAAUAUUAUGAGAAACAAACAAUACAAAAUAAAGUUUAAAAAAAAAAGAAACCAUUAUGGGAAUAAAGUCAAAAUAUUACAAGAACAAGAUGUACAAAGAUCAUUGAAGAAGAAAGUUGAAAUAUUAAAAAAAAACCCAGCAAAAAUGGAUUAAGAAAAACCUUUGAAGAGUGAAAUUGACAUGAAUAAUGUGCUUUUUCACCUUUACGAAGCGGAGAUGAAAUAUAUAGAACUCUACAACACAUAUCUCUACGUGUGUCAAAGUUGCAUCCUUUCAUUGUUCACGCGGGGCCCCUGGCUGGGAGAUAAAGUUUGGACACCCCUGGUCUAGCGUAGCGUAGCAGACGCAGACUAACCGGCACAAGGAGUUUAGAGAACGUUUUUUUUCCUCAUGUCUGAUUUUGCUGUUGAAACAAAACUUGAGCUUCUGAGGUGAAAGGAAGGUUUGUACUGACUGACUGAUUGUCACUGAAUAAAUAUCUCAUUGGUUGUUUUUUUUAA